AUGCAAGAUGAUAACAUUGAGGGCUUUACUCUAGAUUCGUCCCUCAUCGACGAUUCUCCUCUCAUUGAAGAAUACCUUUCAAACUUUAGUUCAACAACCAUCGUUUCAGAAGAAGAUCACUCUCCACCUACAUUAUCUUAUUAUUCCUCCUUCCAGAAACAAACACCUUCACCUGCUCUGAUAACAGCAACCAAUAUUCCAACAACCAAUACUACAAUAAGCUCUUCAACCGAUCCAACUUCUCCAAAGAGGAUUCCCUCACUCCGAGAAAAACUUCAAGUACUCGUCGAUAAGGCUCAUGAAAAGAAAAAGUCGAGCAACAAUCUUCUCGAAGAAGAAGAUGGUGCCAUCCCCUCCUCUCCUCCAUCACAGAUGAUUUCAACAGUUCCUUCUAAAGUUGAGCCAUUAAUUGUUGCCUCGAAUUUAUCAAUUGAAAAAACAACCGACACUAUCAUUGAGGCUAAUAAUAUUGAGAGGGAAAAUGAUUUGAUGGCUGAACAAGUUGAAGACCCAACAACUGCAAACACUAAGCAAGAUAAUACUCAAAAGCCUCUGUAUAAUAGAAAAAGCAACAAACAAGACUAUGAGCUGCAACAAGCCAUUCAGAAGGAACUAGCCACAUCAGCAGCAAAAAUGGCGGCAAACCUCCCUCCAAAAUCAAAGCCUGAAUUAAAUAGAGCAAAAGAAUUGAAAAAAAUGGAUGAACAAUAUCACUUUGAAGGAUACAAAAAUAUUGAGGAAUCACAACACUAUCAUAAUGAUGAUGAUGAGGAGGAACAAGAAGAUUUAAAUGAUAGCAUCCAUAGGGAUGAAGAUGAGGAGUUUCAUAAUCAAUUAAAUGCUGAUAUUUCCCUUAUUGAGGAAGAUAAGAAGGACGAUACACAAUAUAAUUCAUUUACUGUAGAAGAGGAAAAGCUUGAAUUGAGCGAUGAAGAAGGGGAUUUAACAGGAAGAGCAAUGGAAGACUUGACAGUCUCGAAAUUAGAAGCCUCCACAACUUCGGUCGAUCAAUCUCUCACCUUAUCCUCCUUAACAACACCAGUAAGAACAUCUUCUCCACUAAACCAAAGAGCCCGACCAAAUUCUUCAAUGAGAAGCAGUACUCCUAGUUAUAUGAACUCCACAAGAGCUUCAAUCUCUAAGGAGAUUUCGAGAGCAUCAGUAGAUUUGAGAUCCUCGGCAUCAGACAUGAGGAUGAGAUUCGGAAUGAUUAACUAUCAACAAAGACCACCACCAGCCAACAGAUCACCUUCUCCAAAUAUUGUGCAAAAGAGAAGAGUUACACCAAGAAAAGAAAGAAUUUAUAAUAUAGUACCAGCAUUACAUUUUGAAGACAUUUCGGUAACAACAGGUUUGGGAACAAUAUCUGUUCCGAACUAUAGACUCACCUCUCUUAAAGGCUUGGGAGUUAAAAGAGAUUUGAAAAUCUUGUACCUUCAAAACAAUUACCUUGCCUCAUUCAAUCACCUCGAAACUCAACCUAAUUUAGAAGUACUUUAUGUGGCAAACAAUUGUAUUAGCUCUUUCUUUGGAUUCAAAACUCAACCAAAAUUGACCUUAAUCAGUCUCGAAGGAAAUCCUAUUACCAAACACCCUCAUUACAGACUGAUGACUUUAAUUGUUUGUGGAAGCCAAUUAAAAAAGAUCGAUGGUGAAAUGGUUCAAUACAAAGAAAGAGAAUUCGUGAAACACUAUCUUUCAGCUAAUGAAAGGGCUGUAGAAGCCAUACGUUCUGGAUGGCUAAUGGAUCCAAAACCAAGAACAAACGAAGAAUUCCAAGAUAUAAUCCGAGGUCUCUUACUUCAAAACUUUGAUGACAGAGAAAGCAUCAGAAACACUCAAUCAUUUAAAGAUUUAGUAAGUGGAGCACUAGCAAAAACUACACCAGCUGUAGAUUUGAACGAUUUUGAAGAGAAGAAAAAGAUUCAACACAAAGAAGAAAUCCAAUCACCAGAUUUAUCCCAUGGAAGUAGUGGAGGAUUCAAUUCAGCUUUCCUAACAAAUUAUAUCAACGAAAUUAAGCAACUUAAAGGACAACUGGAGAAGAAGGCAGAGGAAUUGAAAGAAGAGAAACAAAAAUAUAAGGACUUGAAAGAGAGCAGCAUAGGAAUUGAUGAAUUGAAUCUCCUAGACAAAACAAUCAUAUCAAAUAUCGCAGUCUCUCUCAAUUCGACAGAAGAAAUUGUGGAAAAUGUGACCAUUGCUUUCACCUUGGAUACAAUGGAAAUUUCAACAACUGAGGAAAUUUUGAGAGAUAUUGAGUACGAGGCAGUUACACGAACAAGCUUAUUGGUUGAUGAACAAAAGCUUUUCAGAGUACACAUCAGAAUGAACACCAGUGAAUUGUUGGAUAUCAUAACAUCAGAUAAGAAACAAUCACUCUCGAUAUACAAGAUACUUCACAUGAAAGUUGCUCAUGCCAAUAAGCAAAAGAAGCUGAGACAACAGGCAAACAAAUAA